AUGCACAUAAAGUCCAUAAUCUUGGAUGGAUUCAAGUCGUACGGGACGGAGACGAAGAUCGACGGCUUUGACAAUCUGUUUAACGCGAUCACAGGUCUGAACGGGUCCGGGAAGUCCAACAUCUUGGAUGCCAUCUGUUUUGUGCUGGGAUUGAGUCGUAUGGAUAUCGCGCGAUGUAAUAACCUUCGGGAACUGAUCUACAAGAAUGGACAGACGGGUGUCACCAAAGCCAGUGUCACCAUUCACUUCGACAACAAAGACAAGAGACAGUGUCCGGCCGGUUAUGACAACUACGACGAGAUUGUCAUCAGACGUGAGGUGAAUAUCAACAGUCGCUCCAAGUAUUGGAUCAAUGGUUUCGGAUCUAACAACCAAAGUGUGACCGAUUUGUUUCACUCGGUGUCUCUGAACAUACAAAACCCACACUUCCUUAUAAUGCAGGGAAGGAUCACCAAAGUGUUGAAUAUGAAACCUCAUGAGAUCCUAUCGAUGGUCGAGGAGGCGACCGGAGUGUCGAUGUAUGAGAUGAAGAAGAAGUCGACGCAAUCCAUGAUCGAGAAGAAGGAUUCCGCUCUUCGACUCAUUGAUGCUCCAAGUAUUGGAUCAAUGGUUUCGGAUCUAACAACCAAAGGAAGGAUCACCAAAGUGUUAAAUAUGAAACCUCAUGAGAUCCUAUCGAUGGUCGAGGAGGCGACCGGAGUGUCGAUGUAUGAGAUGAAGAAGAAGUCGACGCAAUCCAUGAUCGAGAAGAAGGAUUCCGCUCUUCGACUCAUUGACGCUCUCAUUAAUGAGACAAUUGUUCCCAAAUUGGAUCAAUUGAAGAAAGAACAGUCGGGUCUCAUGGAGUUCCAGAAGAUUAGCGCCGAAUUGGAAUCUCUGUCCAAAGUUUUCAUUGCCUUUAAAUUCGUGGCCGAAGAGGAGAACUGUUUGAAAGCUUCGGCUAAUAUUGAGGAGAAGAACAAUGAUAUCAAUGGUCACCGAAAGCUCAUCUCAGACGCCAAUAUGAGAGCCAAUGAAAUCGAAAACAGUAUAAAAACUCUGGAAAAGAAAAAAGACGAAGAAUUUGGCGGAAAAUUAAGUGAAUUGGAGACUCAGCUGAAGAGCGAGCAGUUGUCUGAAGCGAAACUCAUCGGAGAAAUGAAUAUUUCGAAGGAAGAGCUCAAAGAGAAGGAGAAGAAAGAGAUGCAGUUCUGUAAGAAUCUUGAGGGCGACCGCAGGAUAACGGCUUCCAAACAGAAACAGUUUGAUUCGCUGAACGAGAAACUGGAACGACUCAGAGCUGACAAUGACAUCAAAGAGGAAAACCUGAAAAAGGCUGAGAAAGACUUCGAGGAUAUCAGCGCCGGUAAGUCACGCGCUAAAGAGGGUGAGGCGGCCGCCACUCUCGCCGACCAACUCAUGACCGCCGAGAAAGAGAUCGCGACCGCAGAGACGGACAUAAAAAAGGCUGAAAUGAAAAUAAAACACUCGAAGACUGAGUUAAAUAAAAAGGAAACGGAAGUAAAGAAAACGAAGAAUACUUACGAUAAAGAUAUGAAAGAAAUAAAUUCAAUGAACAGUGAAGUGGAGAAACUUAGAGCACAACUCGAGGGCUUUGGUUUCGACGAACAAAGACACGUGAAUUUGAGGUCAGAAUUGGGUCAACAGAAGCGACAAAUCGAUAGACUGUCGGACGAGAUCAGGAGCGCUGAGUCGAGCCUCUCGAGGACGAGGUUUGACUUUAAGGACCCGCAGCCCAACUUUGACCGGAGUUCUGUUAUGGGCGUCGUUUGCAAUCUGUUUCGCGUCAAAGAUAUUAACUUUGCGUUGGCUUUAGAGAAGUCCGCGGGAGGAAAGUUGUAUAAUGUUGUGGUGAGAGACGGACAGACAGCCAAAGCUAUCCUGGAUAGGGGACAGUUGAGGGACAGGUGGACAUUCAUACCUCUCGACAGAAUCAAAGCCCAAAAUUCAGACCAAAGAGCUCUGAAGAGGGCACAGGAGAUCGUGGGCCGUGAGAACGUGGACUAUGCCAUCAAUUUCAUUGAAUACGAGCCCCAUUUGGCUAAUGCCAUGAAAUAUGUCUUCAAUGAUAUUCUGAUUGUCCCGGACAUGGAAAUCGCCAAAAAAGUGGUUUACGAUCCGGAAGUUCGUAAAACUACAGUCACUUAUGACGGAGAAGUGUUUGAACCGUCGGGUAUUCUGUCGGGCGGUUCCGCACAGAGAGGAACUCAACUCUUGGCGAAAGUGGCGGAGAUUUUAGACAAAAAGAGAACUUUAGAGGAAUUGAGUCAUUCUUUUGGUGAAAUGGAGACAGAAUUCAGAGAUUUAGACAAACACUCUAAGAAUUACACGACUAUUAAGCAAAACUAUGACUUGAAAGCUCGAGAGGCAGAGCUGGUCCGACAGCGCCUACAACAGGGAAACAGCGCUCAUAUUCUGAUGGAAGAGAUCGAAGCCCUGAAACUCACGCUUCAGACCGAAGAUAAGAUUCUUAAGGAUUGCGCGGAGAUUAAGAAGAAUUCGACGAAACGUGUGAAUGAGUUGAAUGAGAAGCUGAAGGACUCGAAAUCGAUUCGCGAGAGAGAACACAAAGAGGCCGAACAGAACCUGAAGAGCGCCAGAACUCAGGCCGAAAAGUCACGCAAAUUGAUGGCUGAAGACCAACAGAAAGUCGAUUGUCUUCAGCUCGAGAUCGAAGAGUUGAGUAAACAAAUGAAUUCAUGUGAACAACAACUCAAUCAAUUCAAAACAGAAAUCACUGAAAAGCGUUCAGAAAUGGAGACAAUUGAAGGGAAAGUGAAUGCAGUGAAGGAAAAGGUGGGGAAAUGGAUGGCAGACCUAAAGGAACACAAAAGGAUUCUAAAGACACAUUCGGACGAAAUGUCGAAAAUGCAGAGACAAAGGGAUUCCGUCCUAAAGAGUAUCGAAGAAAAUGAGAUAAAAAUAAAACAAAUUAAUUACGACAUCGAGAAAAUCAAAACUUCUUCACACGAUUCAGCAGUUCAUGUGAAACAGAUGAAGAGGAAGUACCCGUGGAUUGAAGAGGAAAAGCAUUUGUUUGGCAAUGAGAGCACUGGCUAUAGCUUUAAUGACUUCAAUACGGAUGAGUCGACGCGACGGUUAGAUCGGCUGAAGUCAACGAAAGCCUCGUUGGCGAAGACGGUUAACAUGAGAGCAAACAUUAUGUUAAGCGAUAAGGAGAAGGAGUCCGAAGAGUUGACUCGAAAGCGUCGGAUUGUGGCCACAGAUAAGAAUAAUUUGAUUACUUAUAUGCAAGAAGUGGACCAAAAGAAAAAGGAUGAGCUCUUCAAGGCGUGGCAGAAGAUUAACGUGGAUUUCGGCGCUAUUUUCUCCACAUUUCUGCCCAAUUCUAACGCAAAACUAGAGGCGCCUGAAGGCAAGAGUGUGACCGACGGACUGGAGGUUAAGGUGGCGUUUGGUGACGUCUGGAAGGACUCAUUGACAGAACUGAGUGGAGGGCAGCGAUCACUUGUGGCGCUGUCUUUGAUUCUGGCGCUCCUGAAGUACAAUCCGGCGCCGCUCUACAUCCUCGAUGAAGUGGACGCAGCUCUGGACCAAAGCCACACACAGAACACCGGAAUUAUGAUUAGAAAUCAUUUCCGCAAUUCUCAGUUUAUAAUCGUUUCCUUGAAAGACGAUAUGUUUAAUAACGCGAACGUUCUCUUCAAGACUCGGUUUGUCGACGGAACCUCUCAAGUGACUCGUGUCCAGAGUCAUCACCAGAGGAAUAAGUGAUAACCUUUUGGAUGAUAACAUUUUCUAAUUGAUUUCAUUUGUAAUUUUCAUAAUUUUUGAUACCG